GAUGCUGUUAACGAAGUGACGUCACUGACAUGGCUGCGCCCAUGUAAAAUACUGUUGAAACUUUCAACAUGUUCAACUCGGCCCUUGUGCUGGCCUAGCACUUCAGCCGGGCUGCCCUGAUAAUUAGCCGAGGCUACCAGCAACUUUGAAGAGGACAUCAUUGUUUCCAUUGUUGAUGAUGACAUGUAUGUUACCAAUAGUAUCAACACUUCAGGAUGGCUGAGUCCACAAGCAUGUCAAGGAAAUCUGUCCUCUUUGUUUGCCUCGGUAAUACAUGCCGAUCUCCACUAGCUGAAAAUAUGCUGUGUCACAUGUUAGAAGAAAAAGGUGUGCUUGCUGACUGGAAGGUGGAUAGUGCAGCUAUAUCAGAUUACAUGGUGGGUUGUGAAGUUAACCCCAGCUCCAAUCAUCAAUUGGAAAAGAACGGAAUAAAGAGAAGUCAGCAUAGAGCUAAACAGAUCACUCUCGAAGACUAUGAGAAUUUCCAUUACAUCUUUGGUUUUGAUGAAUAUAUCUUAGAGCAUUUGAUGAAAUGGAAACCAGCUUCAAGCACCAGCCUUAUUCGACUCUUGGGGGAUUUGGAUCCAGAAAGUGACCGUAUCAUUGCAGACCCAUAUUAUAUUGGUGAUGACGCAGCCUUUGAGAAGGUGUUUGCUCAAUGUAAACGAUGCUUGGAGGUGUUUGUUGAGGAGGUUUUAGGGAAAUGCAAAACUUGAGGAAGGGCUUUCUGUAUCAAGUCUUUACUCGUGAUUUGGGCUGUCAAUGUAUCAGUUUUCUACCUCUCUGAAAUGAAUACAAUGUAUACGGUUUAAAACCAGACAUUUCAUACUAAGUCUUGGAUGUUCUGUGUAGUACUGAAGUGAUUUACCAUUUUCUGGUAAAUAAAAAUUUUGCAUUAUACUUUAGUGCAAUUUUUUUUACUUUUGGACAUACAGUAGUCAAAUUUUGAAUAGUUACGGUAUAUUAUUUUUGGUCGGUUUUGUUGCAACAAAAUUUGCUAGGUGAGGGGCAUUUUGGGUGCAUACAUAUGUUCUGCAAUGGUACGUGUUGUGGGGUUUAUCUUGAUAUUUUAAUGUAAUGACUAUACUCAGGGAGUAUUUUUGAGACUCUGUGUAUGGGAGAAUUAUUUAAAAAUGCAUAGUCGUAUAUAGUCUUUCAUAACACAACUCUUUAAAGAAUAUAUUACAUCUCGAUGAAAGAGAAAACGAAAAAUAUGCAAGGCAUCAGGUUCUUGCUCUCGAGUACCUUAUGAACUUCCUUGUGUAUUAUUACAUAAAAGCUGGCAUUUGUAAGGUACCACAGAUUGGGCUUCAAGGACAGAAAAUGACAUCUUCUCUCCACAUGUGCAAUGCAAAUUGUGCCACCCGUUCGUAAGAGUUUAAAAUUUUUACAAGCUGUACUGGGUCUCAUCUAUUUUAAUUACGGGUGUGAGAAUUCAGCUGUUCAUCUGAUUUCAGCAUUUUAAGGUUAGAUGUUGACCCUGAAUUUCAACUUUUUUGU